UAUAAAAUGUUCAUGUAAGUGCAUUAUUCAAUGCCAGUAAGUAAAACGUCAUGGUUGGGUUGAAAAUAAUUUGUCUGCUUGCUCUAGCAGCAGGAACCCACGCUGUUACAGACUGUGAGACAUCAUUACACGGAACAUGCCAUUCCUCAUUUCAUUCUUGUGAUUCUGGACAGAAGAUAUCAUUUAGCCAUUGUGGAUUUUUACAGACAUGUUGUUAUAAUGAACACUCCCAAGGCACACAGGCGCCCUUGACAGGCGGUGGGCAAUGUGGUCACCCACUUGUCACAUCAGCUAACAGAAUCAUUGGUGGAAAAUCAGCUUUGGCCGGGGAAUAUCCAUGGCAGGUUUCACUGAGAUAUCAAGGACAGCACGUGUGUGGUGGAACUCUUAUUGACCACCAGUGGGUUCUGACAGCAGCUCACUGUUUAGAGAAGUCUACUGUACAUGAUUGGACUGUUGGUGUCGGUGUUACAGAUAUGGAUAAUGUCUACAGCAGUCAGAUUUAUAAAGUUGUUUUUAUGAAGGCCCACAGUUCAUAUGACGAUGAUACGCUUUCUCAUGAUAUAGCUUUGAUGAGGCUGGAAAAAUCGGUAGACACAUCAGGAAAGUACGUCAGAACAGCAUGUCUUCCAGGCUCAACCGAUGACUUUAAUAACGUCAUAUGUACAGUAUCAGGCUGGGGAGCAACAAAAGACGAAGGUCCAGAUAGUCGGUACUUGAAACACGUAUCUAUACCCGUUCUGAAAAAUAGUCUAUGUAGUUAUUAUCUUGGUGAUGUCGUAUUUGAUCAUAAUAUGUGUGCUGGCAUCAACGCUGGUGGCAGGGACGCUUGUCAGGGUGAUUCAGGUGGACCUUUAGUAUGUAAAACAGGAGGAUCAUGGAAGAUAGCUGGUAUUGUAUCAUGGGGUUAUGGUUGUGGUGAAAAAAAUACCCCAGGUGUCUACACUCGAGUAUCGUCUUUCUUAGACUGGAUAAAACAGGUGCAACAAAAGAAACGAUAGUUCAUAAUAAUA